AUGAAAAAAGUUAAGAUGGCGGAACCUUCAGGGAGCAGCUUUACACUCAUCCCAAACCUUAAGUUUAGACGUAGCAAUCGUCAGUUUAGGCUGAAAUGUGAGAGAAAAGAAUCUGUUGAUAUAGCCACUUUGGGUGACUUCCGGACAUUGCCAAUGGAGAUAUUUUACAGUCUGUUACAAUACCUUUCAGUGAGAGAUAUAAGCAUAUUCAGCAUGGUUUCUAAAUCUGUAAGCAAUCAUCUCAUCAACUACAUAUCUUCACCAAGGGGAAGCCGCCGUCUAGUUCUUCAAGACUUCCACACCACAGAAAAACGGGGAACUUCCAUAAUUGAACACUACAGAUCUUUAGGCUUGUUAUUUAAGAGGUGCACAUUGCUGCUGCCCACGAAAGAGAGACUGAAAUAUAUUCAGAAGAUGUUAUGUGAAGUUCGUUGUUUUAAAUUGUGUGGAUGUUCUGCACCUGUGCAGUGCCUUGGUUUUCAUUGUUAUGGAGCAUUUUUAAAGAUAUUGACAGCUGGCUGGGAUGAACUGGAGUGUUAUAGAGUCUACAAUUUUCUCUGCGAUUUCAAUAACCUAACUCGUAGGGUGCAAAGUGUGGUGAAUGGCAAGCCAGGUUCUGCACGCAAGCUGGAGCUUCAUGUGCGGCUUUUUUUCCGAAAUGUGCUUCUGGAUCACUGGACUCAUCGUAGCGACUCUGCCUUUUGGCUUACACGUUUGCUCAAACCAUGGCCUAUAGUUCACCAGGCUCGUUUGCUAUUCAUUAUUUUUGGACCAGUCUCUGCAGCAGAUGGACAUGUAUCAUGGACAAGCAUGACAGAAGGGAUGGCAGACGUUUCUAGCCUAAGAAGACUUGCUGAUGCUCUGAAGUUGCUGUAUGGAGCCGAAGCCAAAGAAUGGACUGCAGAUAAUGUUAUCAGUUUGGUGGAUGAACUGUCAGUGAUUCCCCAAGAAUGGCUUUUGGAGAACAAUGCACGCCUUCUUAUUCUCAGUGGGAAUGGUAUUUGUUUUGCAUUCAUGGCCUGCAAAGCAGUGAAUGGAAACACAGUUGACUUGGCCAGAACGGUGGUUUUCCUUGCUUUGGUAUGUGAAAAGGACUUGUACUGCAUGGACUGGGCAGUGAAAAUGAUGCAGAAGAUAUGUAAAGUAUUUGGUACACGUGCUGAGAGGACCAACUUCUUGCAAAAUGUGGAGAAUGCAUUUGCCCGCAUUAUCAUAAAUAUGCUGCAUUCUGUGAUAUCUGCUCAACGGCGUGAUGAAGAGGAUAGCAGUUUCUUGAAUCUUUUCCAUUUGGUCAAUGCCCAGGCAAAUUUCCACAAGGAAAUCCUUUACCUUACCCUCAACAGCCCUUCAUUUUGA